UGGACUAACAGGAUGCUCACAUGUUUACAUUAACAUGAGAUGUGAAAGGAAAUAACAAUUUGUUCACUUUUCUGUUUUCACUGUUCCUUGGACAGCUUCAUUAACAAUGGAUCCGAUGCAGCGGUCUCCAUCUGCCUCUCACUCAGGAGGUCCGCCCAGACCUCAGGUCUCUUAUUUGGCUCCUGCUGGGAGACCUGCUUCACCGGAACAGCCCACCGUCCCCAGAMCCAUUCAUCAAAUGAGAAACACAAAGCAGGACACAGGAGAAYUCCAGGUUUCUGCAGAAGCUCCAGCUGCUUCAGAGCAAACCGUGGUCAGACAUGAGGACAAAGRCGAGCUGGAAGCAGACGUGACAGAAGAUGGGUCGUUCAUGGAGUACCUUGAUGAACUGUGCAGCGAUGAGAACUUUGUCAGAAAUGCUGGGUCGAUCCUCAACACUGGCUACCUGAACUACCUCCUGUCUUCAGACCCAGAGCCUUUUAACUGUUCCAACACGGAAGCACAACUUCUCUGACAGAUGUCUGGAAAACUCCCUGCUCUUUGUUUGUACAAACAUUGUUUAAAUUGUUCUAUAUUUUAGCCGUUUGU